AUGCCUCAAGAUCCGCACCUGUACGGCCAACGGCCGCCUAAGAAGCAAAAGAAGGAGAUGGCACUGUCGAGCUCUCUAGCUUUCACAUCACAGCUUAGCUCACUCCUUGCUGCAUCCUCUGCUGGGACGCCCGCUGUCAGCUCUGCGGGCUCAGCCACCUCCGGUCGGGCGCGCCCCUCAAAAGCCGACGUGACCGACCUCACCGGCGUCAAGGUCAAGCGGUCGGCUAAAGCAAGCGCCGUCAACAACGAGAAGGCCAAAGAAAGCAAGAAACUCAACCUGAAGUCGCCCUUGGGCACCGAAGAGAGCAAAGCCGAACUCGAAUUCGCCCGGCGCAAGAUGGAGUCCAAAGCGCGCCUCUACGCAGCCAUGAAGCGAGGCGACUAUGUCGGCCGCGAGAUCGGCCUCGUCGACUUUGACCGCAAAUGGGCCGAAUCACAACAGUCCCCAACCAACGAUACCCCGGCCUCGUCUUCCGGCUCCGACGCCGACUCCGACUCGGACUCGGAUCCCAACAUCGACAACACCAUAAUAGAGUACACCGACGAGUUCGGCCGCCUGCGCCGCGGCACGCGCGCAGAAAAGAUGCGCAUGGAGCGUCGGCUGGCGCGGGGCGCCGCCUCGGCCGCAGAGCUGGAGCGCAUGUCUGCGCGGCCCAAGGCGCCCGAGGCCCUCAUCUACGGCGACGCCGUGCAGACCGAGGCCUUCACCGCGCGGGACGGCAUGGAGACGCUGGAGCAGCUCGCCCGCAAGCGGGACCGGAGUCCCACGCCCCCCGAGGCGGUGCAUUACGAGGCGAGCCGCGAGAUCCGGACCAAAGGGGUAGGGUUCUACCAGUUUAGCAAGGAGGAGGCGAAGCGGGAGGAGGAGAUGAAGGCUUUGGAGGAGGAGCGGGCACGUACCGAGGCCCUGAGGAAAGAGAGGGAGGAGAAGGCGGCUAGGAGGAGGAAAGAAAUUGAGGAACGCAGGAGGGAGAUUGGGGAGAGGAAGGCCAAGAAGUUGGCCGAAAGCUUCUUAGAGGGAUUGGCCAAGGAUUUAGCUCCUGAAAGCGGCGUUGGUGAGAGCUGCGACGGCUAUGGUGUCGGUACAGAGAAACCGACCUGA